ACGCUCUCGCCUCACAAACUAGGACCUCCUCCACUCUCCAUACAUAUAUAUAGACGGAUCACAUGAAAUCGCGAUGGCCUUGUCCAGAGGCAUCAUCCAUGGCGCAGGACAGCAGCGACGACGCCAAGGCGGUGGCGGAUCAGCAGGAGCCGUCCACGCCAUCGUCGGCCUUCAAGUUCAACGUGCACGCGCCGGAGUUCGUGCCGAUGUCGCCGACGGCGGCGAGCCCGAUGUCGGCGCCGGCCGGCAGCAGCGGCUUCUACUCCCCCUUCCUCCACAUGCAGCCCGACUGGAGCUUCUUCCACGAGCAUGCAGAGCCCGUCUUCUUCAUGCCCGACUUCGCCCACGCCAGCAAGUUCGCCACCGCCACCGCCGGCGCCCAGCCCACCAAGCCCACCUCCGCCGCCGACAUGCCUCACAAGAUCGUCAAGCAGGUCGAGUACCAGUUCAGCGACAUUAAUCUCGUCGCCAACGAGUUCUUGCUCAAGAUCAUGAACAAAGAUUCUGAAGGUUACGUCCCCUUAUCCGUGAUUGCGUCUUGGAAGAAGAUCAAGUCUCUUGGAGCAACCAACCAAAUGCUGGUCAAGGCUCUUCGCACCUCCACCAAGCUGAUUGUGAGUGACGACGGCAAGAAAGUCCGGCGUAGGCAGCCAUUCAGUGAGAAGCACAAGGAGGAGCUUCAGUCGAGGAUGAUCAUAGCUGAGAAUUUGCCAGAGGACUCAUCAAGAAACAGCCUGGAGAAGAUCUUCGGUGUCGUCGGAAGUGUGAAGAACAUAAAGAUGUGCCACCCACAAGAGCCUACCACGCCAAGAAGUUCCAAGUCAGACACGCUAGUCAGUAACAAGAUGCAUGCACUGGUGGAGUACGAGAGUUCGCAGCAAGCUGAGAAAGCAGUGGAGAAGCUGAACGACGAACGGAACUGGAGGAAAGGGCUCCGGGUGCGCACCGUCCUCCGGCGAUCGCCCAAGUCGGUGAUGAGGCUGAAGCGGACGGAUUUCGACCACUUGGUGCUGGCCUCCGAUGAGGACGUCCACUCACCGCAUUCGCACGUCUCCAGCUCCGACUCUUCCUCGCCUAUGGCCAUGGCCAUGGCGGACUACUCGCCGUCGCCGGACCCACCUCUUCUUCUUCACGCGGAUCCUCAGGAGCAGCAGACGAGCAAUAAGAAUAGUAAAGGAGGAGGAGGAGGUUGGGCGCGGGGGGGCCCCCGCGGGAUGAAUAAGCAGCUGCAGGUACUCCCGCAGUCGGCCCCCGCCGGCAGCGUGGCCCACUUCGACCCGGCGAGCCCCCGUCACAAUAAGCUGCCGGCGAGCCCCCGCCACAAGCAGUGCCCCUGCCCCUCCAGCCCUCGCCACCCGCACGGCCCCAGGAUGCCCGAUGGCACCCGCGGCUUCACCAUGGGCCGCGGCAAGCCACUGCCCCCACCGCCCCUCCUCCUCUAGCUCCAUUCCCUCCUCCUCACUACACCAUCCAUCCUCCUCCUCCUUAGCUUAACUAAUUGUUCAUCCAUCCAUCCACGACUCAUCAACACUGUAUGUAUGUUGGCCAUGGUUUAGAUAGAACAGUUAGUUCAGGCCCUCCAAUCCUCUCCUCUUUUUUUUUUCUUUUGAUUUUAUUCCAUCUUAAAUAAAAAGGAGACUGACUGACUGACUGGCUGUCUGUUAUCAAUCAAAUCUAUAUUCAAAAACUACGAGCUUUUAUUUUAAUGAUUGAUUGUAAUCAGUUACGUACUGAGAUUUUAUUUGCUGUUGACACGAUCGAUACCUACCUACUUAUGAAACACGUACUACU